CAUCCCACAACUCAACUCGCACGACCAGCACCAUGGCAGCCAAGCAGCAGACGACGACGACGACGGACGACUGGGCCUUGCUGGCCUACCACGUGGGCUUUGGCAACCACUUUUGCUCGGAAGUGCUCGAAGGUGCGCUCCCGGCCAACAUGAACAACCCGCAAGUGUGCAACUACGGGCUUUACUGCGAGCAGCUCUCGGGCACGGCGUUCACGCUGCCGCGCCACAAGAACCAGCGCACGUGGCUCUACCGCAUUCUGCCUCCGGUCGUGCACAACGAGUACACGGCGACGGCAUCGAACGCCGUCGUCACGGACUUUGCGACCGAGAACGUGACGCCGCAGCAGCUGCGCUGGCAGCCAAUGGCGCUUCCAUCCUCGCAUGAGAAGGUCGACUUUAUCCAAGGCUGGAAGACCAUGAGUGGCGCUGGUGACCCGAGCCUCAAGACCGGCAUGGCCGUCCACAUGUACGCCGCCAACUCGUCGAUGGGCGACAAGUGUUUUUACAACUCGGACGGCGACCUCCUCAUCGUGCCGCAAGAAGGCGCGCUCAAGAUCACGACCGAAAUGGGCAAGCUCCUCGUCUCACCGCACGAGAUCUGCGUCAUCCAGCGCGGCAUUCGCUUCACGGUCGACCUCGACGGCCCGGCGCGCGGCUACAUCCUCGAGGUGUACAACCGCCAUUUCAUCCUCCCGGACCUCGGCCCGAUUGGCGCCAACGGCCUUGCCAACCCGCGCGAUUUUGAGCACCCGGUCGCGUGGUACGAAGACCGCGACGUCGAGUAUACAGUCGUCACCAAGUUUGCGGGCAAGAUGUUCCUGGCCGGGAUGCAGUUCUCGCCCUUCAACGUCGUCGCGUGGCACGGCAACUAUGUCCCGUACAAGUACAACUUGGAUCACUUUUGCACAAUGAACUCGGUCAACUAUGACCACCCAGACCCGUCGAUUUACACGGUGCUGACGUGCCAGACCGAUGAGCCGGGUGUCGCGGUCGCCGACUUUGUCAUCUUUCCGCCGCGCUGGAUGGUGCAAGAGAAGACGUUCCGCCCGCCGUACUACCACCGCAACCACAUGUCGGAGUUUAUGGGCAUGGUCUACGGCCACUACGACGCGAAAGCCGAGGGUGGUUUUGUCCCCGGCGGCGCGUCGCUCCACAGCGUGCACACGGCGCACGGUCCGGACGCCGAGACGUUCCUUGCCGCGUCCAAGGCCGACCUCAAGCCCGUGCACUUUACGGGCGGACUCGCGUUCAUGUUCGAGUCGACGUACCUGCUCAAGGUCACCGACUACGCCUUGACGUGCCCGCAGCUCGAGAAGGACUACUACAAGUGCUGGCAGCCACUCCCCAAACUCUUCAACCCCAAGAAGAAGUAAACGGUAUAUAUUCUUAAGGAUACGUGAAUA